AUGAUUGAAAGAUAAAUCUUUGAGAGUAUCAUUCCUAUCUUAAAUGAGAUAAUGUUUGCAGAGAUAAUAGAAAAAAAUAAUGGUAAUUAAUUAAAUAAAUUAACUGUAGCAUACUAUAUGUAAGAAUUAAGCAGUAAAAAUAUAGCUUCUUAAUUCAUUCUACUGUUUGUUAUAUGUUAAUGUGAUUUGCUUUAAUCAACUGAUGACAAAACGAUGGGCGGACCAAAUCCCAAGUAUGUGGACCAAUAAAUCGGUGAACAAUCCCUGACGAUAAAGCAAAUCCAUUAUAUAAAUACAAAUAUUGCAUUAAAAACUUACUAAAAUUCAUUUUUAAAUUAAAAGGAUCAGAUUCUAUUCAAGAACUCAUGUAGAAAUUAAGAUAGAUUAGAUUUAUUUAUCAAAGAGAGGACAUGCACUUGA